AUGAGUAUCACCAAUAUUUUAAAAUUACCAAUAGAAAUAAUACAAAGAAUCAUUGAUUUAAUUGAUGAUAGAGAUACGUUAUUAGGAUUAGCAAAUCUCCUUGGUUCUAGAGAUAAAAUUUAUAAAAGAUUAUUUCCAAAAUUAACUAUUUUCCAUAAGCAACCAGCUACUGUUCAUGGUAAUUUCAUAUCAUUUUACCCGAUAUCAAAAUUUUUAAAUUUUUUGGAUGACUAUAAUAAUUAUGUUCCAAAUGAAAUUUUAACAAACGUGGAUACGUUAUAUGAAAUGUUUGACAUUAAACAUAUAAAUUUUGAAAAUACAAAAAUCAAUUUAAUUAUUCAUCCUCAUCAUACAAUUGAAGAUUUACGAUUUUCAUUUAUAAAUUUUAAAAUAAUUUCAAUAAUAUUAAAGCCUUUUUUUGAUUAUCAAUUAACUGGGAAAUUGUAUGAUACGAGUAAAGUGUAUUUUGCUCAAUUGGAUGAUGAAGAAUUUCAAAGUCUCACUUUUCCAAACACUUUGGAGAAGUUCGAAAUAUUUUACAAAAAUAAGUUUUUAAAAAAUUUACCACAUUCAUUACGUGAAUUAAAUUUGAGAAAUAUCGAUUAUUUAAAUUCAACUAAAUUUCCAUUAUCAUUAGAAUCGUUGUGUUUAAUUAAUUGUAAGAUAAGUGGGGUAAUAUUGGAUUUGAGUUAUCUUUCUCAAUUAAAGAAGUUUAAAUCAGAUGGCAGAGUACGAAUUAAUAAUGAUUUUUCGUCAGGAGAAUUGAAACUACCAUCUUCGAUAGAAUCAAUUUGUUUGAGUUCUUCAUAUAUAUGGUGUUUGAAUGAUUUGAGUGAUUAUGAAAAUUUGAAAAUUCUUAAACUCAUGCGUUGCAAAAAUUCAAUUUUGUUGUUUAAUAUGACGUUGCCUCCUCAUCUAGAAAAUUUACAGAUUGAAUUUAUUUGUGAGGAAUCAGUUAAUCUUGAUAAUCUGGAUUAUGGUGAGACAACGAAUUUAAAUAAUGUUACUUUAAUUAACCAACCGGAAGCAGGCUCAUUAUAUGAGAUUAAUGGUGAAAAUGUUUUUCCUUCAACUUUGAAAGUAUUGAAAUUGACUGAUAUGGAUAGUAUUUUUCUUGACUUCCAGUUGAACUUACCUAAUUUGGAAGAACUUGAAUUUGCCUUUUCUCCAUUUACUAAUCCACAUAGUUUGAUAAAUGAAAACUUAGUUAAUUUGAAAAAAUUGACUGUCACUUCUUUUGGUUCAACUAUGGAAUCUGUCAAAUUUCCUAGAAAUUUAGAAUACUUGAAUCUUCGAAAUAAUUGCAUAACUUCAUUAAUAGAAUUCAAUUUAAAUAAUUUGAAUAAACUCAAACAUUUGAUUGUUAGGGAAAAUCAAAUAACUAGCAUUACUGAACAGAUAGCUCCAAAUUUGAAAAUACUUGAUAUUUCAGAUAAUCCAAUACAAAAAUUAUGCCAUCAAGAAAACUUAAAACAAUUAGUUGUAACUACUUCGAAAAUGGAUGAUAUUUGUAUCAAUAAUUUAGAAACUUUUGAAUUAGAAUUUGAAGAUGAUGACCAUGAUUCAAUUGAAUCUGACUCAGAAGUAGAAUGUGAAGAGUAUGUAUCAUCCAUAUAUAAUUAUAAUUUUCAAUCAUGUUUCUACCUAAAAGAAUUAAUAUUACGUCUCAAUAUUGGUAGUAUAUCAAAUUUGACAUUUCCUGACACACUUGAAAUUCUUGAUGUUACUUGUAUGUUUGAUAAUGAUGACUUUCAAAAUCUUUAUAAUAUAUCAAAUUGUCACAAUUUAAAAACUUUUAAAUUAAAAAGUUGUACUAUAAAAAGUUUUAGUUUUAAUGAUUUACCAAAAAAAUUAGAAAAUUUUGCAAUUAUUGAUUCUAGAUUAAAAACAAUUCAUGGUUCUUUGAAAAAUUCAAAAAAUUUAAAAAUACUUAAUUUAAAAUCAAAUAAAAUUGAUAAUGAUGGGCUUGAAUAUUGUUAUUUCUCAUCGCCAAAACUAGAACUUAUUGAUUUAGAUGGGAAUUAUAUUGAUAAUAUUGGUUGCAUUAGAAUUAGAAGUUGUCCAAGAUUAAUUGAAUUAAAUUUAGUAAUGAAUUCAGAGGUUGAUUUGUAUAUUACUGAUGAAGAUGUAGCAAAAUUGAAAUCAAAUUGUCCAAGAUUAAGUAUAAUUAGAACUUUAGUUGAAGAAUGA